CGCCCCAUGGCUGCUGUGGGCUGCAUCGUGAAGCUGGGGGGUAGCGCGCUGACGGAAAAGAACCAGCUGGAGACGCUGCGGGCCGAGUCCCUGCCGCGGGCGGCGGGCAUCGUGCGGGGGCUGUGCGGAGCUGGCGCCGGGAGCUGCAUUGUGGUGCACGGAGCAGGCUCCUUUGGGCAUUUCCAAGCGAAGGCAAAUGGCGUGGCCUCAGGAUCCCCAGCGGGCUUGGCCGGGAGCGAGGCCUUGCGACGAGGUCUGUGUCUGACCAGGCUCUCCGUUACGAAGCUGAACCACCUGGUGACGGAGCAGCUGGUGAAGUGCGGCGUCCCAGCGGUGGGCAUUUCGCCCUUUGGAGCAUGGAAGACAGCAGGCAAGAAAGUCAGCCAGGCUGGCAUUUCUGCCAUAAGGGACGCCUUGGAUGCUGGCUACAUCCCGGUCGUGCAUGGAGACUGUGCUCUGGACUCUGAACAGCACUGCUGUAUCUUGUCUGGGGAUGCUAUCAUCGAGGUUCUGUCCAGGGAAUUCUCCCCGCAGCGAGUGGUUUUCUUGACCAAUGUCAGUGGAAUCUAUGACCGUCCACCUGAUACCCCAGGUGCCAGGCUGGUGGAUUCCAUUUCCGUCAGCCCUGAUGGAAGCAUGGACCCCUCUGUGCUCACAUCUGCCCUGCCGCAUGAUACCACCGGGGGAAUCUCCCUGAAGUUACGGGCUGCGGUCAACAUAGUCAUCCAGAGUCACGGAGCCAUUCCAGUGCUGAUCUGCAAACUGGACAGCAAAGCUGCCGAAAGAGCAUGCUUAACUGGGGAGCUGGGAGUGGGCGAGGGCACGAGACUCUCCCUUGCAACAGCCUGAAGAAGCUGUCUCUGUAGUAGCCUGUCGGACAGGGGGAUUUGCCAUCAACUUAUUCCAGUUGGGCCCCAGUAUCCACUCUGUGAUUUAUCCAUGUCACCGGUGACUCCAGAUAAACCAUCCGGUGGCAGAGGACUUCUUCAUCAUUCACUGGCAAUAGACAGUUCCUAGUCUGCAUUUUAAUGCAUCUCUUCUCCAGCCCAGCUCUGACCUGAAUGGUGGAUAAUCCUCUGCUAAUGUUUCUUACAUAUGUCUUCACUUAAAGAGGCACGUAAAGGCAUGUAGCAAACAGCCAGGCAGCUAGCUGGGAAAUGGGCUCAGGCUUUUCAGCUGAGGAUUAAUAAAUUAAUAUUAGCGCAGCAAUUUGGGGCUGUGAAAUGCUAUGCAAGUGCUAAGUAGUUUUAGUAUGAUAUAGAGGGGACUUUGAUGUGAAUUCUCAGGUUAUCUGAUUCAUUCUAGACCAUGGUGUCCGAAAUUCCAUUCUGCUGCUGAAAGCUGCCCUAGAAACACUUGUAUAUGAAGCGUCAAUGCCAAAAUUUCAGACUUGGGGCUGCUUAAAAUUAAGCACCUGUGUUCAUAUUUGGGCACGUAAUUAAGUAGUCUAGCUCUUCACAGUUCUCUUUGUCUGUCUAGAUGCUUGUAUGGCCCCCAAUACGCAAGUGUGUGAGUGCUGCACAGAUAUUAACGUAACCCUUGAAAUUUCCAUGUGAAGCAGUUCAGUAUUAACCCAGCUUUACAGAUGGGGAUCUGAGAUGCAGAGAGAUUAAGGUCAGACUUUUCAAAACAACUCAGCGCCCAAUAUUGGGGCCGGUUUUUCAAAAGAGCCGAACGUGUUGGGUGCUGACUGCUUUUGAAAACCUGGCCCUUACUAAAGAGAAGAAGUAUCAUCCUUAAGUUAUUUUCCAAUUGUGCAACUUUUAAGAUCAUGUUCACUGGUGCGCACUGACUGCUUUAUGCCACCAUGGAGCAGCACAGAGCAGCCAGAAUUUACUGGCUCGCUAAAUAGGUGCUUUGCAUUACCACAGCAGAACAAAGAAGGUGGAGUGUAUACCUCAGAUUGCCUCUGCCUCCUGCCCUCCAAAUUCCCCCAGCCUCUUGUGCCCCAUAUUUCUCUGCACACACACAUAUAUACUUUCCCUCUUCCUCCUACCCCUCCUGUUGAAUAGAUCUUUGGAAAGACUGACUUUUGAGGAGAAAUAUUUAGGAUUAAUGGUCAUUUUUGGCCACACUUUUCCAUAACAAAAUUUUCGGUCAACAGAGGCUGGUGCAUAAAAAUCAGAAACUCACAAAGAACUGCCCUCUUUCAAAAUAUGACUGCCAUCUUCCACUUUUCACUGUAUUGUUCACAUGUAACAGUGAUCAAAUCCAUGCUUUGCAUGCCAAACUCAGCUCACCGCAGCUAUAGAACUGUGAGUGUCAUUUCCAUAAUAACUAGAGCUGAGAUUAAUUUUAGAUAACGAAUUCAGACUCCGAUUAAAUUUGGCAGUUAAAUAUUCUCCAAAAAGUUAGGUCGUCUUCUUACAUGGGUAAUGGAGGUUUGCAACCAUUCUUUCAGUCCUCUGCUAAUUUCUAUUCAGUUCUAUUCAGCCCUCUGCUAAUUUCUUUGUGGGUAAAUAGUCCUUUUGACCCACCCAUAGUACUACCUUGUCCAUCCAAGAUCACCUUUUUCUGUAAACAUACAUCACCCUCUAAACACCUUAAAAUGUGCCCUGCAAAUUGAAUCUUUCUUUUUAUGAGAUCUCUGAUUAGCAUUUGCUGAGUUCAGUCAUCUCCAAUACUUUUUGUUGGUUACGCGGUCUGUCCAUGAUGUUUUCAGAAUUCUUCCAUAACAACAUAAUUCAAAGGAUUGUAGUUUCUUUAUUAUUGAUUGUUUGAAUGUCUGUGAGAGUAUAAUCUGGCCUGUACCAAUAGGAUAUAUUUGAAAUUAGGAUGAGUCAAAAAUUUGGACAGGUAAGAUUUUGCGAGGGCGAAAUACAGGCAGAAUUAAAAUAUGUCAAAUGUCUCAAAAUAUUGUUACAAAUAAAAUUCCAUGCCAGUGAUCACCUGGAGGAA